AUGUCGGAUUAUUCGGGAGAAAUAUAUAGAUAUAGUCCUUACAGUAUUUCUGACGUUGCUGUAGCCUCGAUCUCGCAAAAUCCCGACGAAAGAACUGGUCGGAACAGUACUCCUGACAUGGCUGGAGGCUCAAAUUCGCAAAGUUCGGGAGAAAGAUCUGAUUCCAGUAGUACUAGUGUCUCACGAAAGAGACAAGCUUCUUCGGUUUCUCCCACUGGUAUUUCGAAGAAACGCUCGACGAUGCAGAUGGAUCUUGAUAUUCUUGGGUGUCCCAUUUGCUUGGGAAAACUGACCAUUCCUAUCUUCCAGUGUGAGAAUGGACAUUUGGCAUGCUCUUCUUGCUGUCCCAAACUGAUGAAUAAAUGUCCAUCAUGUGCUUUGCCUAUUGGCCACAUUCGCUGCAGAGCAAUGGAGAGUGUUCUUAGUUCAAUCUCUAUUCCAUGUCCGAACACCAAGUUUGGUUGCACCGAAUAUGUCUUUUAUGGGUUAGAAUCAACUCAUGAAAAGGAAUGCCUCUUCUCUCCAUGCCCCUGCCCUGCAUUGGGCUGUGAUUACACUGGCUCAUACAGAGAUGUCGGCUAUCACUAUUAUACAUAUGUUGAUACCUGUCUCACUCCCUUGCAUCCAUAUGAAUUAUUUACGUAUGAUAAGUCCUCAAGUGUUCGGAUGAACAUUAGUGAUAAGGUAAAAAUCCUAGUUGAUAAAAUAAAUAACACACUGUUCGCGGUGCAGUGUUUUAGGGAGCCAUAUGGUGUGUGUGUAACGGUGAGCUGCAUUGCGCCAUCUUCUCCAGAGAUGCAAACUUGCUCAUAUCAUCUCUCCUACACUGUGGAUGGACACACUAUGACUUACAAAUCACCAGGCAUGAAGAAUGUUGUUGAAGUGAGUUUUCAAACACCUCUAGAGAAUUUCUUGUUUAUCCCUCACUCUUCCUUGCUCGGUGACUUGUUGGAGAUGAAGCUUUACAUCGGUUUUCAUUAA